AUGGCCUCCACCGGCGACGGCCUCGCCGGGCCUCGCCCGCCGCCGUCUCCGUCGCGGCCACCGGCCGAGACCCCAACCCCGAGCCCGACCCACGCGGCGAUCUCCUCGCCGCUGCUGGAGCCCGCGGCGCCAGGCACGGACGCGCCGCUCUCGCGGUGGCUGCGCCGCCUCGAGGCGUUCCUGUCGGCGGCGGGGCUGGCGGCGUCCACGCCGCUGGGCGUGGCCGCGGCGGCCUCCGCGCUCGCCGUGUUCGGCCUGGCGCUUCCCGCCGCGGCCGUCACGCUCUCCCCGUGCCGCGCCCGCAGAGGCUCCUGCGACGACUUCGAGGUCGAGGUGUUCGAGGUCUGCGUCCUGCUCUCGCAGGCGGCCGCCGCCGCCGUCGCGCUCGCCUGCGUCUCCCGGAAGAUGGCCAUGUACGGCCUCCGCAAGUUCCUCUUCGUCGACCCGGACCUCGGCAUGAGGAUCCGAUUCCAGAAGGAGUACGUCGCCAAGAUCCAGGACUUCUUCCGCACUCUUACAUGGUGGAUAGUGCCAUGUUUUGUUGUGAAGGUCACCCGGGAAUUCUUCCGCUUCUCCCACAUCUUCCAGGAGUCAGUUUGGAGAGCCUGCGUUGUAUUUUUUGCUUCCAUCAUGUCAUGGAUGUACUUGACAACGAUCAUAUUGUCGUCCUGCAUGCUUUUCAAUUUGGUCUGCAAUCUGCAAGUUAUCCACUUCGAUGACUAUGGCAAGCUUCUGGAGCAAGAUGCAGAUCCUCUGGUCUAUUUGAAAGAGCACCUGCAGCUCCGCCACAAUCUCUCCAAAAUCAGCCACAGGUUCCGCAUGUUCCUCUUGCUGCUCUUCUUUUCUGUUACAGCAAGCCAAUUUGCCAUUCUUUUCAAGACGACAGCUUACAGCGGGCCAAUCAAUUUCACCAAUGGAGGUGACAUUGCUGUGUCUUCGGUUGUUCAAGUUGUCGGCCUUGUCCUCUGUUUGCACGCUGCUGCUAAGAUCUCCCAUAGAGCUCAAAACAUUGCUUCAUUGGCUAGUCGAUGGCAUGCGUUAGCAACAUGCUCUACUGAUUCUACUUAUGUGACCACCCCAAACAGUUCAGGGAACCUUGUGCCCUUUCCUGCGCAUCUGUUUCUGAGAGAUUUCUCGGAAAGUGAUCUGGAGUCCCUGGACAGUGGGUCGCUUCAUGGCAAUUCUCACGGCACAGCUCAGUUGGCUUCGUACAUGUCUUCGUACCACAAGAGGGAAUCGCUUGUUCUGUACCUGCUGGCCAACCCGGGCGGCAUCACAAUAUUUGGCUGGAUCGUUGACCGAGCAUUCCUAAACACCAUCCUGAUGCUCGAGUUAACUCUUGUGCUCUUCGUGCUUAGCAAGACCGUUGUGAUCCCGGCCAAGACACUGGUACACAGCUACAUCGGGUUUCCAUGA